AUGCAGCAGGAAGAGCUGAGAAUGCGGCGGGAAGAGCUGAGAAUGCGGCAGGAAGAGUUGAGAAUGUGGCGGGAAGAGCUGAGAAUGCGGCGGGAAGAGCUGAGAAUGCGGCAGGAAGAGUUGAGAAUGCGGCGGGAAGAGCUGAGAAUGCGGCAGGAAGAGUUGAGAAUGCGGCGGGAAGAGCUGAGAAUGUGGCGGGAAGAGCUGAGAAUGCGGCAGGAAGAGCUGAGAAUGUGGCGGGAAGAGCUGAGAAUGCGGCGGGAAGAGCUGAGAAUGCAACAGGAAGAGCUGAGAAUGCGGCAGGAAGAGCUGAGAAUGCGGCAGGAAGAGUUGAGAAUGCGGCAGGAAGAGCUGAGAAUGCGGCAGGAAGAGCUGAGAAUGCGGCAGGAAGAGCUGAGAAUGCGGCGGGAAGAGCUGAGAAUGCGGCGGGAAGAGCUGAGAAUGCAACAGGAAGAGCUGAGAAUGCGGCAGGAAGAGCUGAGAAUGCGGCAGGAAGAGUUGAGAAUGCGGCAGGAAGAGCUGAGAAUGCAACAGGAAGAGCUGAGAAUGCGGCAGGAAGAGCUGAGAAUGCGGCAGGAAGAGUUGAGAAUGCGGCAGGAAGAGCUGAGAAUGCAGCAGGAAGAGCUGAGAAUGCGGCGGGAAGAGCUGAGAAUGCAACAGGAAGAGCUGAGAAUGCGGCAGGAAGAGCUGAGAAUGCGGCAGGAAGAGUUGAGAAUGCGGCAGGAAGAGCUGAGAAUGCAGCAGGAAGAGCUGAGAAUGCGGCGGGAAGAGCUGAGAAUGCGGCAUGAAGAGUUGAGAAUGCGGCAGGAAGAGUUGAGAAUGCAGCAGGAAGAGCUGAGAAUGCGGCAGGAAGAGCUGAGAAUGUGGCGGGAAGAGCUGAGAAUGCGGCGGGAAGAGCUGAGAAUGCAACAGGAAGAGCUGAGAAUGCGGCAGGAAGAGCUGAGAAUGCGGCAGGAAGAGUUGAGAAUGCGGCAGGAAGAGCUGAGAAUGCAACAGGAAGAGCUGAGAAUGCGGCAGGAAGAGCUGAGAAUGCGGCAGGAAGAGUUGAGAAUGCGGCAGGAAGAGCUGAGAAUGCGGCAGGAAGAGCUGAGAAUGCAGCAGGAAGAGCUGAGAAUGCGGCGGGAAGAGCUGAGAAUGCAGCAGGAAGAGCUGAGAAUGCGACAGGAAGAGCUGAGAAUGCAGCAGGAAGAGCUGAGAAUGCGGCAGGAAGAGCUGAGAAUGCGGCAGGAAGAGCUGAGAAUGCGGCAGGAAGAGCUGAGAAUGCGGCAGGAAGAGCUGAGAAUGCGGCAGGAAGAGCUGAAAAUGCGGCGGGAAGAGCUGAGAAUGCGGCGGGAAGAGCUGAGAAUGCGGCAGGAAGAGCUGAGAAUGCGGCAGGAAGAGCUGAGAAUGCGGCAGGAAGAGCUGAGAAUGCGGCAGGAAGAGCUGAGAAUGCGGCAGGAAGAGUUGAGAAUGCGGCAGGAAGAGUUGAGAAUGCAGCAGGAAGAGUUGAGAAUGCGGCAGGAAGAGUUGAGCCUUCACCUCAGGAAGGAACGCCGGCGAGGAGUCCGGCGGACAUGAGGACACGAGAGCUGUGUGCAGAACCAAAACCUCCAGAGAAACUCAUCAUGGACUCCCUCACAGGGAGGUGGGGGCUCCCCUGAGGGUCAGAUGUGUUUAUGACCCAUGCAUGGGGGGGUGGGGUAUCUGUUUCAGCAGAAUGCUUCCAGCAAACCUCACUGGGACGCUCACUAAUCUGCAAACAUGCAGGAUUACGCCGAACCUGUCAGAUGAUUCUUCAUCUGACAGCUCAGAAAGUUUCCAGCCGUGAUGUUGGAAUCAAACGUGCGUCCAACCCUCAGGCUGUCCUGUGGGGUCCAGAUGACCCCACUCCCAACGUUAACGUGCCUGGGAUAAGCGUCGUUGUCCUGGUGACCACAGGGAGGAGAUCAGGUCAUGAAAGCGGGGGCAG